AUGCCGUCUCGGCCCUUUAACGGCUUGCGUCCAUAUGGGGUCCGAGUUAUGGCGAUGGCGGCUUCUGUCGCAGGCCAUUACCUCCUAGUGCCCGGUCUGGGCUGGCGGACUGCUAUAGCAGUUGUGGUAGAUGUCAUUACGCUAUCCGCUCGUGCUAUAGCAGUUGUGGCAGUUCGUUAUGUCACUCUCCUGCAUCCGCACGGCGUGUCCACCUCACUAGAGCCUCGGAGGCGGUCAAGGCGCGUGCGCACAGCUUUCCGUGUCGGGGCAUCUAGGAAAGCGCAUAGCGGGACAUCUGCCGCGAGCGCCGGCUCGGUUUGGCGACAACGCGAGCGGCUUUUUGCUCUAAUAAGACCGAUCGAAUGGGUUCAACUG